AUGGAAAUUCCAGCCAACGACGACAUCGGCCUCACGGAGACGCUCCGCCAAGCGGUCGAGGCCUCCAUGCACCUCCAAGGCGCCAUCCGGGCGACGAACGAAGCUGCGAUCAACCUCGCGGUAGGGCAUUUCAACAAGCAUGCGAGCGCGCUGGCUUUGCAGCACUGGGUCGUGGACCAGAGCAAGCUCACCGACUCGACGACGCUGCUCCAGCGCCUCCCCGUGCUCGAGAAGAUGCUGACCCAGAUGCGCUGCGAGGUGUCGGUCGUGGGCGAUGCGCCUUCGGACGACCAGGUCAUUGCCCGUGCUAGCGGUGGCGCCGCCCUCUUUGGUCACUGCUUUGGAUUCCGCGGCUCAUCCAAGGGCGUCGCCAUGACCAUCUUGCAGCCACCGAUCGAGUGCGAGCUCGAAGCACCCACGAUGCGCACGGGUAUCGCGGAAGUCUGGUUUGCCAGCGCCGUCGAGGCCAAAGCCUUUUGCACCGCCGUGCGAUCGAGCGGCCACGCAAAAGCACCACGUGACGACACUCAUUUGCCACCGUACAUGGCGUCCGUCGUGCAAGUGAACUAUGCCUGCGUACCCCUGAAAUCGUUCGACUUGGACGUGUUGUCAGCGCCGCUCACCGCAUCGGCGAUGGCCGAGGCCGCGAGCGUCACGGACGCAGCAUCAGCCAAGGAGUUUCUUUACGACUUUGGCUCGCACGUGCGCAGCGGGAUCUUCCACGUCGGCGGCAUCUUUUGGAAGACAGUCGACAUCUCGACCGACGUGGACGUCGCGACCGCGCAGCUCCAGGCGAUCUGCCCGGCCCGUCUCGCGGCCGGAGAUCUCUCGAUCAACUACAGCAGCUUUCCAUACCAAAGCCGCAUCGACGCGUGCGAGCGCACAUUGCAGAACAAGCUCCGAACACGGUGCAAUGUUACGACGCUGAUCGAGUGCACCGGGCCAGACGCACUGAGCGUUGCGAUCUUCCAGCAGCGACUCGCCCUCGACCGCACGACGUGGCAUGUCAUUGGCUUUCCAACAACGCGCGUCGGCGUUUGGGACCUACUUGCAGCCGCAGGUCUUGAGCGGGCUGCCAACCUUGUGCGCGAUGCGUGGCUCGACCUCGUCUCGGGAUGUGCGAUGACACCGGACGUUGCGGCGGCGGUGUCUGCGGUGUAUACCGACGCAUGGGUGGCCGACCCGGCCUUUGGUACGGAAUGCAAGCGCACCAAUGUCAGCAGCGCGGACGAAGCUGAGAGAACCAUUGCUCAAAUGCUGGACGCUGCGACCACUGGCAACGUCGACGGCCUCGCGCUGGUCGAAGUCAUCUUGCUCGCGCUUCGCUUUGACUCUACGCUCAAGGGGACGGUUUUGGUCGACUGCAUGCGGGACCCGCGUCUGCAUACGGCGUUGCGCCGACUCGUCGCGGCCAGCGACAUGACGGCACUGACCGAGCUCGGUGCGAUCUACGGCCGCGUUCUCGGAGCUGUGCUGGCCACAGCGGGUAUCAACCUGGAUGCGACGGUGGACGAAACACUGAAGCGUGCCGGGCGGCUGGCCGAGCUCAAAAAGGGUGUUGGCAAGCUUCUCGCGCCUCUCUACGACUGGCAAGUACCCGAGAUGGACGCCCGCGACGUUCCCAUCGCUCUGAAGCUCGUCCAUCGGGCAUUCUCCAACGCGGCGAUGCCCGACGGAGUGCUUUUGACGCGCCGCGUCGCCGAGCUGCUCAUUCAAAAUGGCACGCCGGCCCCUCCAGAACUCUGGGGUAUUGCGCAGAAGUUUGGCUGCUCGAAGGACGGCUUUGCUGCGAAGCUCAACACAGCGCAUGUUUUGGCCAUGGCCGAUGCAAUGAUGUUGGCGCUCCAUGACGGUGUGGCGGUCAACGGCUCGGACGACGACAUGCCGCCAGUUCAAGUCAAGCGUGAGGCCGCACCCGUUGUCGUCGAUGCACCCAACACGCCCGCCUUGCGCUCGAUAAGCCAUCUCUUGACGGUCGUCUCCAAGCCAAACAAGACAACGGACCUCCCCGGGCGCCUUUGGUACACGCUCAAACACCGUCUGUGCUUGGUCAAGGAGCUCUACACCACAAUAUCGGGCGUCAAACGCAAGUACGCGGAUCGGCGGGUGCAGGAUGAUUCGCCUCCUGGCCCCGUGGUGUCGGAUGCGCUCUUGACCCUCGUGGCCUCGCUGACGCCGGCCGCGCGCGCCCAAGUGCACCGUCUUCUUCUCGACCGCCGCUACCUCGUGCCCUUUCUUGUGCCGUCGACAGGCAAUGGGCUUCGGUCCGAAGCUCGCGCGCUGAGCCUCGUGGAGACGUGUCUCGUCGACGGAAGAGCCUCGCUGAUGCGCGAUACCUCGGUCACGCGCGUGGCGGUCGUGUCGGAGCAGCCCGCGAGAAGCAGCAAAACCAAGGACUGGAUCAAGAGCGUCUUCCACGUCGACUCGGUGCACUGCCUCGACCGUGCGCACAGCAAGAACGUCACGGACGCCCCAGUGGUCGCCGAGCUCGGCUGGGGCUUUGUCCGGAAUGUUCAAGAGAGCACGGAGUUUACGACCGUCAUGGUGCUCCACGUCAUUGGCGACUACAUGCACCUCGAGGCGUUCAUUACGCAGUUUGCCGACGUUUUGGUCGUCGACGCGGGGUCGGAGCCCAGAAUGCGCAUGACGCUACCCCGGGGCACGGUGCUGCAGUGGCGCGUCUCGGACAAAUACAAGAACGAUAUUCCUCUCGUCCAGGAAGCGCACAUGAUUGCAGUCGCGCUCGCGUGUCCCAUGUCGACGUCCUUCCAGCGCAUCUCCAACUACAUUUUGCGCGAGCCGAGCGAUGCGCCCAAGCUGCCAGUCGGCCAGCUGACACUGCCAAGCCUCGUGCAGCGGGAGCCUCCACCGCGAGAGCGCGUAGCGCGCCUGCUGGCCGACACGGACUUUGCGACGCUUCGCACCGAGACCUUGGUGCUCCAGCAGCGCUUUGCCCGCGAGUCGGCUCUGCGCAGUGCGCUGCAGCGUGAGACGAGCGUUCCCAACCAAGAGUUGCUGCGCCAGCAGAUCGCCUCGAGCACAGCUGUGCACAAGAAGAUCAUUCGCCGCGUCUUCCGUGUGCCCGUGCUCGAGUACUUUAUGCACGUUCUCGAGCGGCCGACCGUCGCGGACCGCGAGAUGCGCCUCAUCGACCUCGAGCGUCGACUGGCCGAGUGCUGCAAAGCCAUCCCGGCCGCAGCGCAUGAUGCGUGCAGUGGAGCGUAUGCCGCUCGCAGUGCCGUCGACAACGCGGCCACGCGCUCGGCGUAUGCAUCCGCCGUUGAGACACGGAGCAACAUGGUCACCGGUGUCGAGCAUCUCUGGCGCGAGCUCUCGCACAUCUUCGCCGCCGACCCGGACGUGUACAGAGAGCUUCCGCGACUUGCGGUCCAGCACCUCGUCGACGGCUUUCCGUUGGAGCUCAUGGACGGUGACGCCGGCAUGGUCAACGACAAGUGGAUCCGCGCUGUGCUGCACUGCCUGGAGGAUACGCUGCCCGUGAACACUCGCGUGUUUGUGCUCUCGGUUCUCGGCGUCCAGUCGUCGGGCAAGUCGACGCUGCUGAACUGCAUGUUUGGCGUCCGACUCCGAACGAACGUUGCGCGGUGCACGCGCGGUGUCAACCUGCAGCUUCUCGCUUGCGACAACGGCGGCGCCUACGACUAUAUCUUGCUACUGGACACGGAAGGCCUUCAGUCGCCCGAGUUCGUCGGCGUCCAAGGCAACGUGUGGCGCGACAACCGCAUGGCGUCCGUGGCGAUCUUGCCUGCCGAUGCGACCAUCAUCUUGACAAAGGGCGAGUCGACCAGCACGAUCAACGACGUGCUUCCGAUUGUGCUCUCGGCGUUUGCCAACUCGGAGCUGGCAGCCGCCUCGGGUGGGCACCUCUCGUCGAAGCUCUACUUUGUGUUCAACCAGAUUGACGUGACGCAGAAGCGCAGCAUGGAGACGAGUCUCCAAGCGCUCGUACACAGUUUGCGCCUCAACGCCACGAAGAUUGCUGCCGUGCGCAAGGCGCAGUCGGCCACGACGUUCCUGCGCGACUUUUGCACCGACAUUACGGACGAAGUGCGCUGUGACGCGCGCUUUCUGGGUGUGACGCAAGGCCAGACGACGCCGCCCAACGAUGUGCCCUUGCCCGACUUUGGCGACCGUCUUGUCCGCUUUCGGGACCACAUUCACACUCGGGCUAUGGACGACGGCGCGUGGCAGGCGCGGACCUUUGGCAAGCUCAGCGAGAGCUUUGACUUGGUCUGGAUGUGCCUUCAGAGCGCCGACUUUGAACUCGACUUUGCAUCGACGCACCAACGUGUCGUGUACGAUCAGCUGGUCGAGGCCAUGGCAGGGCACACGCACGAACUUGCCAAGAUCUACAGCGAGGCGUUUGACGCGGUGCUGCAGGCGAUGAGUGCCGACAGCGCAGCUAAGACGGCGCCGAACGCCAGUUGUAGCGGCCAGUACACGACACUCCUCGAAGACACGGUCAAGAAGGCCGUGGAUACGCUGGACGCUGUCGUGGCCACGAUGCUGCUGGAGCCCGCGUUUGCCGAGUGGGUGCUCAAGAUGCAAGAUUCGUGGACGGACAAGAAGCGGCACCACGCGUCGCACACGGCGCGGCUCGUCGAGUCGAAAGUGCAGCACCUGUUUGAGUUUGACGCGAUCACCAAGGUCUACAAGGAGGAAAUCCAAACGGCGAUUGUCGACCACAACGCGACGUGCGGCCCCGAGAAGACACUGGCGGCUUUGACGGCAUCUUUGACGCGAUUGUGGACAAGCGGUGUCUUUACGCCCGACGAGCUCCGACUCUUGGCCAGCGACGACGACGAGGUCGGAGACGUCUGGCGGCCGUUGAAACACAUGCCGCAGGGUGCCGAGGCAUCGCGCGAGGCAGAGGUUGUCGAUGCCGUGCGCGAACGCGUGGCCAGCGACCUCGCGGAGGUCGACCGCUACGCGGACCACGCCGCGCUUUUGUGCGUGAUGAACGUCAAGCAUCUAGUCAACACCAUGCAGUUGAAGCCGUCGGAGCUCAAGACUGGCCUUCGCACGCUUGAAUUGACGCUUCAGGCCGAGCUCCAGCAGCGGCAAGAGCGCUGGGACGCGGCCAACAGCGUGGUCGCAAAGUUUGAAGCACACCGUCCGAGCAUGCUUCGCUUUGCGCAAAGUGUCGCCGAGGGUCAGAAGACGGCACAGCUGCUAACGACGACACUGAACGAGUGGCUCGGACGCCACUUGAAGAAGGCGUUUGAAGAAGAAGUCGUGAGCGUUGUCGCGUCGGCGCUCAAGGAUGCGCGUUGGGUGUGUACUCCCGACGCGAUGCAGGCCGCCUUGGACAUGGACCUCUUGCAGCUCAUGCGGAAGCGGGACAUUGACACUGUGCUUGACCACAUUCAACGACCGGCCAAGCUUGUUGCGGACGUCACGCACCGCCUCGUAUUGGCUCAAGUGCAAGCGUGCUACGUCCGCGUCGCCAAGAAGCUUGUGCUCGACGUCAAAGAGUGCAUUGGGAGUGCGAGUGCCGCCGCGCGUGACGCUGUCUGCCAGCGCAGUGAAGUGUUUGUUUACACACUGCGCCUCACGCUCCAGCGCCGGCUCAAAUGCAGUGGCACGAGCGCGCUGAUUGAAAGCCUUCCGUUGGUUGCGGGGGACGUGAUGAACUGUGACGACCAAGGACCGUCUGCGUUUGAUAUCGACGACGGACGCAGCAUCCCGAAGAGUCUGUUGGUGUGUGUGGCCGCGCUCGAUGCUUCUCUCGGACCAUCGGCAGUGCUGAGCUCGACGAUCACUCGGAAGAUCGUCAAGGUCAUCCGGAACGAGGCGUACGGUGCAGCCGACGGCAUCAUGCCGCGCUGUGGCAAGCCGUGUCCGCGCUGCAAGUGUCCGUGCACCAAGGCACUGGGCCAUGCCUUCCGAAAGAAGGACACCAAGGCGCCAAGCCGAGCCUCUUCCAAGAAAGCCACGAGGGGCCAUGUCUCCACAACGGAGGACAACACGCUCCAUGACACGUACCACCAGCCGGGUGGCCUCGUUGGUGGCUACUGCGUGGAUACGAAGCAGCUGUAUGCACUGAGUUGUGCGGCUUGCGUGGUCGAGAACGACUACAUGGUCCUUUCAAGCGGCAACCGACCGUACACGGAUUUUCCAAAGGUGUACCGCGGCUGGGCCUUGCCGCGCGUGACCAAGUUCCUCCCGCUGCGCGAGUAUAUCUUUGCCAACUGCCAACCCGAGCUCGCGCGAAACCACAACAUGCUCCAGUGCGCCACCAUCCCCGCCUCGUACGCCCAUGAUCUUGGCGACAUUGAAAAGCAACUCGAGCGUUUGCUUCGUUAA